CACCAGUUCAGAGUUUAUUCAAGUGGUUUUCAGUCUGUGCAGAAGAACGAGAGAGAAACGCGAUCGAAACGAGCUUUCACAAUUAUUUCAGACUCGGGUACCCCGGGUAGUAACUUCGGGCCAGAGGACUCUUUUGUAGCUCCUCUUUCUUGAAAAUAGAAGCUGGAGGAUAACAUUGUGCCAAUACUUAUUCCAAAUGUCCGAGGAGAUGUAGCCGGUUGUUGAUCUCCAUCUUACCAUUUUUGCAAUCAGCUCUUUGACUUUGAAUUUUGAACACGGAGGAUGGCUUCUCUUCUUAGAUCAAGCCCGCAAGCCGCAGGCUACAGCAAAGUAGAUUCUAUAGAAAUGCGCUAUGCAGCUGUUGGAACGGACAGUGGAUCUGAAGGAGAGCCGGCUUUCUCGCCAUCGAAAACGGAUGACGACGAGCCUGCUCGUAUAUGUGAAGUUCCUAUCUUAUCCAAAGGAAGACUUGUCUUGUUGAACGUUGCAUGGUCCGGAAUGAUGAUGUCAUUUCUAGUGCUAGCUGUAGCAGUUGUUCCCUCACAAGUACAGUAUCUUGUCGGCAGUAAACGUAAAGCCAAAACCCUGUCCAUUGUAGCAGCAGCAGGCUCACUGGUGACUCUGCUUACAGCACCCUUGAUUGGCUACUUUAGUGAUCGUCUUCAAUCGAAGUAUGGUCGACGGAAACCGUUCAUGGUUGCUGGUGCAGUCAUCACUUGUGUAUGCCUCAUUGGAGUAACGUUGAGUGCACCUGGAUUUGCUCAAACCAAUAAAGCCCGUGGCGUAAAAAACUUGACCUGCGAAGAACAGAACAAUCUGAAGCCAAAUUGUUACAUGAACAAGACUCUGGAUGUGGGGCCGACUCAUGAUUACACGAGUAGACUAGGUACGUUCAUCUUGUCCUACUUAGUCUUGUUGUUUGGUUACACUAUGGUGGCCACCACGUACAAUGGAUUGAUUGCUGACGUCACCCACUACUCUGUGCGAGGUUUCAGCUCUGGUGUCAUGGGAUUGAUGAUGUUAAUUGGCAAUCUUGGUGGUGCAGCUCUGGGUGUGGUUGCCGAGAAACUUCAUGUUGCUGGCACAUACGGUGUGGUGGCGUUUGUCUUCUUUACGGCUGUGAUGACAACGGUGUUCAGUGUGGACGAACUGGAUGUGCCAUGCAAGAGGAAAGGCACUCCGGUGUUUGAUAUCAAGGACAUAUUUCUCGGCUACAUAAAGCCAUUGUUUGAGCAUGACUUCCGCUGGGUAUUUGUGACACGAUUCUUGAUGCAGAUGGGCAUAGCCACUACUAUGGGAUUUCUCGAGUAUUGGUUUGAUGAUAUUGUGCACCUGCCUGGCUGCAUCACGGCCCUGCAAGCAGUGUCUAUUGCUCUGCUACCGCUGCUACUUGUUGCUGCUAUCUGCUCUGUGCUUGGAGGAAUCCUCUCCGACUACCUGAAACGGCGCAAGAUUAUUGUGAUUGUAGCUGCCGUUGUGAUGGCACUUAGUGCAUCAGUGUUGACCAUAACGAACACCUUCUGGCUGGCUGUCACCAUGGCCAUUAUCUUCGGUAUUGGAUUGGGUUCGUUCAUUUCAGUAGAUUUUGCCAUGGUGAUGGAUGUGUUACCUAGUGAAGCCGACAAGGCUAAAGACCUGGCUGUGUGGCACCAGGCGUUAGUUCUGCCUCAGUUGAUUGCAACACCGAUCGGAGGCCUGAUAUUACAUGGUUUGCAAGAUGUGAGCAUUGGAGGUUAUCGCCAUGGCUGUGAUGUUGGGCUAGGUUAUAUCUUCAUCUUUGCAAUGACUGCAUUAUAUUUUAUUACUAGUGCUAUUCUCGUUCUAAACAUUCGCAAUGUGCGAUGAUAGGCGUUUAGUUUAACCAGCAGAUCUUGAAGCUGGCUUUAUUUCUAUUGCCAUUCAACCACUUAAUAAUAGUUCUGUUCAUAAUACACAUUGUCGUCAUACAUCAACCACUGCAACUAUUGUAAGUAGCCAAAUGCUGUCGGGCCACCAGAUUUCCACAAGGUAACUUCAUUAUUCUAAAUUGGGUUCUUCUGCUGUGCAGAUGACGAUGUUUCAACUUCCCCUCCGUGUAGAGUGCUUGAUGUUUUUAACUGUACUACGCUGGCCGAAAAUUUACGUUGACACUUUCAAUUCAUUUAGCAACUCCAAAGCAAAUGCUAUUUUACUACACUUGUUUAUCUAUCUCUUUUUUAGUAUCUCUUUGUCUGGUGCCAGCUUGUGUGCUCGCAAUGAUCACGUGUGGUUGAAUAUCACAGAUGUCUAUCCUUAUUAUUUUUGUUGAUCGGAUUCAUUGAAAGGGAUGACCCAAAGGAUUGGAGUCCACGGAGGGUGCAUGACAUUGUGUCAAUAAAGAAGGGUGGGUGGGAAAUCGUGCUGGGAAACCCUUUGCUAGUCGAAUACAUGUACUCCUUUUUUGAGGAAAGUGCAGUGGUAUUUUAUUCAGUCAAAGCAAAUUUAUUUUAAUUUGAUACUGUUGAUGGUGUGGUCACUAUGAUGAGUGUGGGUACGGGUAUUUAUCAAAGGUCAAUUUAUUUGCCCAUAAUGACCUGUUAAUGCCCGCAUAAUUAUGGCAUAUUUGUUAGGAUCUUGUCCACAGAAAACUAGUCUUUUUUUCUUUCUUUUUUCUUUUUCGUAAUUGUUUGCUCUUUUCUGUAUCACAUUUUCUUCUCUUUCUUUGUCCUCCACCACCUUUGAACAUGUGCAAGCAACAAUGGCUUCUACUUCCACUAUUUGUACAAGUAUCAGAUUAUACAGUCAUGUAGAUUCACUCA